AUGCUCACGACAUCACCACACCUCGAGGUCCGGCGGCCCUCCCCGACCACCGCCGAAUUCACAGUAACAACCAGUCCGCCAGCGACCAUCUCCAACCGCCUCCUCCUCGGCAUCGUCUUCCUGCUGCGGCUGCUCCUGGCGCUCGCCGCACUCAUCAGCCGCGCCCUGACCUCCCUCCCGUCCUCGGCCUCGCUGCCCCCCUCGGCCCUCUACGCCCUCUGCGCGGCCCUCCUCUACCUGACCACCCUGCGCGUGCACACGACCGAGUCCCUCCUCGUGCUGCGCGGCCUGGGCGUGCAGACCAGCUCGACGGGCGGCUCGUACCUGGCCAGCUGGCGCGCCGGCACGCGCUUCAUCCCCACCGAGAAGAUCCGCGACGUGCUGAUCAACGAGGCGUUCCGCGGGUUUGGCGUGCGAUACUACCUGGUGGUGGUGGUGGACGGCGAGGACGAUGUCGUCGUGGUCUUUCCGCGGCUGCUGCCGGGGCGGGGGAUUGUGGAGAGGGUUUGGAGAGGGGUGAGGGGGUGUUUGUGGGAGCCGCCUGAGGGGGAUGGGAUGGUGGCGAGGAAGGUGGUUGAGGAUCGGGGAGGGAGUCAUGGAUAA